GCUUUACGGUUAAAAAAAGCUCAUUUCCAAAUUUGAAAAUAAUUUUAUUAACUGUAUGGCCGAUAGUCACGGCCAUAAAAAAAAGUCACAUUAUUAGUCCUCUGGAACUUAGAGCUGUGGGGGGUUUCAUUAUUUCUCCCAUAUCAGAUAGUGAGCUCGGUGUUUUUUAUUUUGAAAACCGGAUGUUGAUAUCCUAACAAAUGAGCUUGAGUCAUUGGUGCGCAGGCUUUUACCGUAAAUUCUGCGUAAGGAGGGCGUUACAAUUCCGCGUCAGUUUGCUCGCGGAGAAACGAGCGUCAGGUAGAGCGCAGCUUCAAAUUCACAACAUGUGCCUUUAUUGGCGUCUACACAGCGUGUGUUAAAGCACUGGUUCCAGCAGAAGCUCCUGAACGCAGCACGAGAGGAGGUGAAGGAGGGAAACUAACACCGUGAUGAAGUCUGAAAACACAAGCUCACAAAUGUGGACCGAGGUGAAAAACAAGAGCUACGUUCGAAACGGCUCGAAGAUGGUUGAGCCAGAUCUUCCACGACAGCUUUUACACGCUGUUCAGCAGAGGAAUGGUUCAACAAUAGCUGUCACUCAUCCUUCCAGCACAGAGGAGUCUCUAACCCAGAGCAGUGGGAUCAUCCCAGGUGAGAAGCACUCUGACCACAAUCAUGUCAUGUCUGUACAGAUCCAGGAGCUGAUUUGUAAGACAUGCCACCCUGAGUCAACAGCGAACAAAGACCACUUACUUCACUUGCAAUUCACAAAUAAAAAAGGAGCCACGUUACACCACCAACGGCAAACACGGUCUGAAAACAUCUUAUUUGGCAGGUCAUUUUAGCACAUGACUGAGAACGAAGUUGCAAGGGCGUCUUUAAGGUCACUGCAUCAAUUUAAUACACCAGAAAGGCACUCCUUUAGAAACAAUACUUGUUUUUAAAUUUAUAUUUUCCUUUAGAGCUCACAUAUGAGUGGCAGCCAGUAGGGCACUUCAUGUUUUUA